AUGAGCGCGCUAGGUAGCAAUCUCAAUGCGCCAGCCGCUGCUGGCGCAGCACCACAAGCCCCAUUGGAUAGCCACGAUGAAAUGGACGACAUUAUCAAUGUGGCAAUGCGAAUGGGGGCCGAAAAAGACCGAAUUGUUACUCGCGCCCCAGAAGAGCCAUUUCGCUUGACAUUUAGUGACGUCACAUGCCUUUUAGUUAAUCGAACAAUAGGGACCGGAAUCUUCAACGGGCCCCAGGAAGUGAUGAAAGGCGCUCGAACCCCUGGAAUCGCCAUUCUCAUGUGGUUUUGUGGCUGCAUCUACUGCCUUGCCGGGUCGCACGUUUUUCUCGAAUACGGACUCAACGUGCCCCGCUAUGUCAUUGACGGUGUCGAGCAGUCGGUGCCGCGAUCUGGGGGAGAACUCCACUACCUACAAUAUAUAUUUUCGCGGCCGAGAUACAAAAAGGACACGGUCGUCCUAAUUGGCGUCAUGUUUGGCCUCAGUUUCAUCUGUGUUGGUAACAUGGCCAGCAACUGUAUCGACUGCGCUUCGCGCCUGCUUAUCUUGGGCCGUUGGAAUGACAUGUCUGAAGCGCAGGACCCGCCCGAAGCGUUGAUACGAGGUAUCGCAAUUGUUAUUGCGACUGCAACAUGCUUCAUCCACGCUUUUUCUCGGCGAGGGGGCAUUCUCCUCAAUAACGUCCUUGCAGUUGUCAAGCUGCUAUUCCUUGUCUCGAUCGUCCUCUCCACUUGGGUGAUGGCUGGGGGAAAGAUGGGUCUCGGUCGUAUUACAGCAACGCAGAUGGGCAUCCAGCCAGCUGUAGAGACUGACGAUGGGCAGAAUAGCAGUGCGGAAGCAUUUCUCUUCGUUGUCUUUGCAUUCUUUGGCUUUGACCAACCGAGCUACGUUCUGGGAGAAAUAAAGAACCCUCGAAAGAAUUUCCCAAAGGCAAUGUGGUGGGGUAUGGGCAUGGUAUCCGUGCUCUACCUCGCAGUCAACAUUUGCUUUAUGCUCGUCGUCCCGGCCGAUAUACAGAUGAGCAACAAUGUUGCGGAAGAAUUCUUCACCAGGAUGUUCGACUCUAACAACCAUGCGAAGCUGACAGUCAACGCCUUUUUAGCCAUCUCCUCCUUCGGCAACGUGGUUGUCUGGACCUUUACGGCGGCGCGCAUGAAGCAAGAAAUCGCCAAGCAGUGCUAUCUGCCGUUUUCAGGCUUCUUUGCCAAAGACAAGGAUAUCAGUCUUGGCAGGUUUUUGAUGUGGCUUGAAAGUGCCAAAUGGAACACAAAGAAGCGCCAGCUCACAUUCCUCAACCCAGCCAACCACCGGGAAAAGACGCCAGUGGGCGCCUUCACACUCCACCUCGCAAGUUGCAUUGUCCUAAUCUGUGCGACCUUUGGCGCCAAGUCGAAUGACGCAUACAUUGUUCUGUCGAGCUUGUUUUCCUACCUGCUGGCUGCUUGGUUUGGCGCAUUUCUGGCCCUUGGCAUCUUGAUUUUGCACAUUCGCGGGCCGCCGGCGACACAACCGGUCCAGACACCAAACCACAACAGUGCCCCCGAUCAGGCUGCUGUAAAUCGUACCUGGCGAGAAAUUACCAAAGGAUCUGUAAGCCCAAAGAUGAGCAUUGUUUGCGCCGUAUUAUAUCUCGUUGGAAGCCUCUACCCAGUAAUUGCGAGCUGGGUGCCGCCGCCGAAAUCCCAUAACAAGCCCUCUGGCGCAUGGUAUAUCGUGCCAGUUUCUGCCAUGUGCAUACUGGCCUUCGCCUCAAUCUGGUUCUGCGGCUUCUUGGGCAUUGCAAAGUACAGAAAGUACCACGGCAAGGAGGUAUUUGUCCGCCUAUCUAAGCCAGAGUUUGAGUGGGCAGAACAGAACGAGCCUACUGCCGACGAUGACCGUCUGGCCAAUGAAGAGGGCGCAUCGGUGAGGCGUCGCGGCGGUCUCAUUCUAAGCCAUGAGACCAUUCACCCAGCAUGGUUGCCAAGUGAGAUCAUCAUGCCCUUGCAGAGCGCCAACAGCCGCAGCAUGAGCAAUGCUGGAGGUGGAGUCUUUCCUCCGCAAAGAGACUGGGACGACACAUGGCACACUGACUAUGCAACCGAGUUGCACAAUGCCGGAUUCAUCGACGCUCAUCCUCCAGGCCCGACUCACUCUAGAUAUAGGGAGCCCAGAGUUGGCAGAACUCGAUCCAACUUCGGUAAUGCCACAUCAUAA